UCAAGCAUGCUCACUGCCCAGGAAGGAGGCGGCCCCGAUGGGAAGCCAGCGCUGACUCGGCCAGCCAGAGCCUGAGCAGGAGCCACAGCGCGGCGGAGGGAGGCUCUCCCCUCGGGGCUGUAGGCUGGCAGCAUGGGCAGCAAGGGAGCCUGCCUGCCCCUGGUCUACCUGCUCUUCCAGCUCCAAGCCGCAGGCUGCUUUUCAGGAGACAAUGACCAUUUUUUGGCAAUUCAACAAAAAAAGAGCAGGAAGCCCAUAUUCAUUUAUCACCAUGUGCAAAGUGUCGAAAAAAGUUUGGAUACCAAUGAUCAGAUGGAUUAUGGGCCCAAUUUCUACUUGCCUUCCAAGGCAAAAUUAAGCAAACUGCACUCUGCCAUUAUGGUUAAAUCAGCGUUCUCUCAACCUGCACAUGACCCGUCCCUCAGUCUCUUAGCUAUGACUGAUGGAGAGGAUCAGGAAGUGGAAAAUCUGUCCAUCCCACCUGCUAAUGUGAUCACCGUGACUCUGCAAAUGGAUGUAAACAAGCUGAAUAUCACAUUGCUUCGGAUCUUCCGUCAAGGAGUAGCUGCUGCUUUAGGACUGCUGCCACAGCAAGUGCACAUCAACAGACUCCUUGGCAAGAAAAACUGCAUUGAGCUCUUUGUAUCACCGGUAAAUAGGAAAGGAGCUUAUGAUACACUCCCAUCAGAAGAAGUCCUGAGGUCUCUUAACAUCAAUGUACUGCACCAGAGUUUAUCCCAGUUUGGGAUUACAGAUGUAUCACCAGAGAAAAAUGUUCUGCAAGGCAAGCACGAAUCAGGCAAACUCUGGAGCAAAGAAGGGUUUUAUGCUGUCAUCAUCUUUCUCAGCAUCUUUGUUAUUAUUGUGACAUGUCUGAUGGUUCUGUAUCGACUGAAAGAGAAAAUACAAUUUUCGGUCAGGCAAGAUAAGCAGAAAAAACAGGAAAUUCACCUUUCUUCCGUCCCACUUCAGAAAGCUCCAUCUGAGUACAAAGCAGCAAACAGAAUGGUUCAACCUGAACAAGCUCCUAAAGUUGUAAAUGUUGUGGUUGAUCCUCAAGGACAAUGUCCUCCUGAGUUCAAGUCCAGCCUUUCAGCCAGCCCAUCACCUUUCAAAAUGAAACCAGUGGGAUUGCAAGAAAGGCGAGGAUCCAAUGUUUCACUCACCUUAGAUAUGAGCAGCUUAGGAAGUGUUGAACCUUUUGUAGCUGUGCCCACACCAAGAGAAAAAGUAGCAAUGGAGUACCUCCAGUCUGCUAGCCGGAUCUUGACAAAGCAGCAGUUAAAGGACACUGUUACAAGUUCUCAUUUGCUUCAGACAGAAUUCAUGGAAAUUCCCAUGAAUUUUGUGGAUCCUAAAGAACUUGACAUUCCCAGCCAUGGAACAAAAAAUCGUUAUAAAACCAUCCUUCCAAAUCCUGUAAGCAGAGUCUACUUGAAACCAAAGUACCCAGGGGAUACCUUGAGCACCUAUAUAAAUGCAAACUACAUCAAGGGUUACAGUGGCCAGGAGAAAGCUUUCAUUGCAACUCAGGGACCCAUGAUUAAUACAGUCAAUGAUUUCUGGCAGAUGGUAUGGCAAGAGGAUAGUCCUGUUAUUGUUAUGAUCACAAAACUGAAAGAGAAAAAUGAGAAAUGUGUGCUCUAUUGGCCAGAGAAGAGAGGUAUCUAUGGGAAAGUAGAAGUACUUGUCAACAGUGUGCAAGACUGUGAGAAUUAUACUGUCCGUAAUCUUACACUAAAGCAAGGAGGCCAGUCAAGACAAGUCAAACACUAUUGGUACACAUCCUGGCCAGACCACAAAACCCCAGAUAGUGCUCAACCACUUUUACAGCUCAUGCUGGAUGUCGAAGAAGACCGGAAGCCAUCAAUUGGAAGAGGACCUGUCAUUGUGCAUUGCAGUGCUGGAAUAGGAAGAACUGGAUGCUUUAUUGCUACUACUAUUGGGUGUCAUCAGCUCAAGGAAGAAGGAGUUGUUGAUGCAUUAAGCAUUGUCUGCCAACUGCGUUUGGACAGAGGUGGAAUGGUCCAAACCAGUGAACAGUAUGAAUUUGUGCAUCAUGCCUUGAGCCUCUAUGAAAGCAGACUCUCUGCUGAAGUGGUCCCAUGAAUUCAAGAAGGGAGAAUCAAACGAGUCAAUCUCUCUUGAGGUAAUUGAUUUAUUACCUACCAGCAACUUCUUCAAGGAGUUUACGGCUAUGGAAGAAAAGGCAUUGCAGUCAGCUUGUAAAAGGAAUGUGGAUGGUUUUUUUAAAAAAAAUAUGCAUAAACGAUUGGUGGAUCCUUGUCUUGAAUGUAAUGUGAGUUCCCUGAAACAGUUUUACUGAAGGUUAAUGUACCAAUGUUACAUUUGGAUUUUGCAUAUAUCUUAUGGGAGAUUUAUUUCUGUAUUAAUGGAAUCUGCCACACAGAAUGUAUGUAUGUAUGUUCUAUAACAGCUGGACAUGGGAAAUUUAACUGAUGAAAUGUGUAUAAACAAUUUAACGUUUGCAAAAUUUGUCUUGUGAAAUAGGCUGUCAGGUGUUCAACUGUACCUGUUAAGUGCUAUGACAUAUUUUGUGAUAAAUGUAAUUUGGAUUCAUGUGGGAUUCUUGCUGCUAAAAACCACAAGUGAUUGAUUAUGAAUUCAAAUGAAAUUGAGGGGGGAAGUUUUUAAAAGUCAGUAAAAAUCAAUUGAUUUUGAAAUUAUACAAAAUCAGUUUGUAUUUUAUAUAACAGCUCUAGUAAGUACUCUUAGGUAUUUGAUGUGUAUAGCAACUUCUGUAAAGCAUUGCGGAACACAAUGGUUACAACACAAGGAGAAUAUUUCAUGAGCAAGCCCGAUUAAAAGAAAGUUGGAAAAGAAGCCCAUAUUGUCAUGUAGGUUCAAAUGUUGUGGAAUUUGAGCUCAUUUCAAAAGGCUUGUUCAAAAGUGGUUUCCAAUGGGUUGAGUCCAGUGUCUUCUUCAAUGUUAUGUAUUUAUUCAGUACUGUUUAUUGUCUUAGAAGCUACUUUAUGCUCCAGGACAGAAUCCAGUGUAUUUCUAAAUCUUGUGAGACAUUUUACUUUUGAGGGCAGGGAGACUUUGUUACAUAUAUUUAAAAAUAAAAAUUUUAAAUAUCUGCCUGUCUUUUACUAAAAUGUUGGAGUUUUUUCUAAUAAAAUGUCAAACCUUUCAUUCCUUUUAAUGAGAGAUGGACGUUUUGGAGGUGGAAAUGUAGAAUACUAUAUGAAAAAUGAGGAUCUUUCUUUCUUUUGUUUAUAUCUUGGCAAUGAUCUAGUUAUUUAGCAGGUAUGCCUCUUUUUUUGGAAACAGAUAUAGGGUUUCAGCAUUGUAUCAAAUAAUGAGUUUAUUAAACAGUGAUGUUCUGCUUCAUAUAGCCAAUAAACUUGGUAUAAAAUAUCUGAA